UUUGGGAAUCUCGAGCUCGUUCAGUAGCCGCUAGGUUGCGAAGGCCGACGGAGGUCCUUCGUAGCUUAGUUGGUUAAAGCACCAGUCUAGCGUACUGUAGGGUCAUGGGUUCGAGUCCCAUCGAAGGAAAAGUGGUUACCUCCAAUACAUUUUCCAAAUCAAUACCUUCCACAUAACGUACAUAUUCACAUCAAUUAUCAAAAGAUAGAAAUGAAUUCCAUAAUAAUUCCCCAAAAGCACCUGCAACUGUAAGAAUAUAUCAAUAACCAUUAAUAUGAUUCAUCUAGGACGGAUGGUAUCAGCCAACUUUCAUCAAAAGCAGUGCGGGCCGGAAGACCAAACUACGUAAACAGGCCAAAGGACGAUUACCCGACAGAAAUAUCAACUACCGGGAAACAAUUGCGGAUGACCAGGAAAAUGUGCCGCAGCCUUCUACAUCCCGUGUGGCGCCUUUUCAACCGGAGGAGAUAAUUUCGAAAGAGCAAGCUUCAGAGUAUCAACAAAUCAAGGCCUGGUUCGUGAAUAACCAAGACGAGUGGGAAGAAGUUAAACAGAAGUGGAAGUCAACAAGCAAGCUGCGAAUAUUGGAACUAUAAAAAAAAUCCAGCUGGACGGGUUCCGCUAUUCUUUCGGAGUACCCUAUACUAAGAAAUCAUCUAGGCUACCAGCUUGCUCAGAUUGAUUUUAUGCACAGGUUUCCAGGAAAGGAAACUCUGUUGUUUAACCGUUGACCAACAUUUGUUGAAGGCAUUCGCUCUAUAUUGGAUAUCGAAGUAACAGACGCAGAUGGAAAGUUUCUUCUUUCUUUGCUCAAUGGCGAAUUAACACCGGGUAUAUGGCUAUAAUAUUUUCUUUAUGCUUAUAAUUUUUGUUUUUUUUUUUAAUUUAGAUUUAUUAUUAUUUUUGAACAUCUUCUCAUUUUACUUUCUUCCUUUUUCUCACAGAUACUCGCGAUUUCAUCAUCGUAUCAUUACUCGCACAUGUAUUGCCAAGUCCUCAUCUAACUUGUUCCGGAAAACAGCGGUGGAAACCAUCAAUCCUUGAAUCAAGGCAAAGUGUGGUGAUUCAUCUUAACGAUCUGUCGGAUUUAAAUGAAAUACUUGGAACCGUAUUCAACAGAAGUCGCGAAAAAGGAAUCGAAACUGCUCCCUUCAUAUUGGUUCAUGGUGAUCUGCAGAGACCCAUCGGAUUCCUUGUAUGGAAUAAUAUCGUGUCGUACAAGUUGCCGAACUUUUUGAAGGCUCUCGAUAUUUGCCUAAAGAUAUACAAAGCCUACAACAUUGAUUAUCCACGGCAAUCACUGUCAAUUUGGGAUUUACUCUCCGCAUUCUUAUUUGGCUUUGAUCCGGUUAGUGACAAGGCAACUAUUUCCACGCUGUGUGCAGCUAUACGAACAAAACAGCCACCACAAUGAUGCUAUGUAUCGUGAAAGGAUGUUCAAAAACAAUUAAUUGUAUCGAUCGACUAUAUGACCAUUUGAGAAAACACCAUCAGCACAUCUCUGCAUAUACUUGUAAUUAUGCCAACUGUACUCGCAGCUACAAUGUCCGAGCAUCUUUUUUUAGACAUUUAAAGAAACAUUUGAGCGACGAAAAAGAUGUUCAGAAUAUUGAAAAUUUAGAUACCGGAAAUUAUAAAAACGACGAAUACUGUAGAACUGAAUCCAAAUGUAACGAUUUGCAACCCGACAGCAAUGUAUCUGUUCUUGAUAACGAAUCCUCCGAAAUGACAACUAUAAAUACUAAUACUGAAUUAAGUAUCAUAGAUAUUCAAGCAGUUCAGAAUCAAAUGCGCAAUCUAAGCAUCGGCUUUAACCUAAAAUGGUUGGACGUAAACGUAUUGCCGAGAAAGACUGUUUUUGAAAUUCAGCAUGAUGUACAGCAAAAAAUACUGAAGCCAUUUCAGGAAGUUGUGGAAACAAUGCAGAUUGCUGGUCUGCUUUCGGUUGAAGGUAAAAAAAAUAUUUGAAAAAAUGUUCGAAAUGUUUGACGGAGCUGAUACAGAAUACAAGUUUAUGCAAAGUUUAAAAUUAACUGGUUUGUAUGCCGACCCAAGAGAGUACGUUAUAAGCAAUGAGUUACGCCCAGGAGUUAUCAACAACGAACAAGGAAUGGAUAACGAUCCUAUUACUGGUAAUAUAUGGAAAGAUAAAAUUUUACAAAAAUAUAAUUAAUGUGAUUUGCUUUUUAGAAAUCCUAAUGCCGAUAAAAUUUCAACUUAAAAAAUACUUGGAAUCCCCGAUGGUGUUUGAGACAAUUCUCGGAAAUUUGAAUCCUUCACCAGAUGGUUAUAUUCGUAGCCUCAUUGAUGGUAUCGUUUGGCAACAGAAAGUGGCAAGACAUUCAUCGAACAUUGUUAUACCUUUGAAUUUGUUCUUCGACGAUUUUACAACCAAGGACACGGCUUCCCCACAUGCAUCGAGGACUUCUGUAUUAGGUGUAUAUUACUAUAUACCAUGUUUGCCUGGAUUUAUUUUGGCCAAGCUGGCAAACAUUUUGGUUGCAGGAUACAUUCUAUCAGAAGACAGAAAAGAAUACGAAAAUGAAGAGCUGUUCAGUAACCUAGUUGAGGUUCUGAUCGAUUUAGAGUUAAAUGGUGUAAAUAUUACUCAUAAUGGUGCUAAUGUAACACUACAUUUUAUGGUAGGAUUUAUAACAGGCGAUAAUCUAGGAAUCUCAGGCAUUUUGGAUUUGGUUGAAUCGGCAAGAGCAAAUUUUUAUUGUAGACUUUGCAAACGUAAUCGCGAGCAGCGAGAGAAGGAUACUGUGGAAUACGAAGAAAGUUUCAGAACAAUAGAUGGCUACGACCAAGAUUUAAGACAAAAUGAUGUUUCAUCCACCGGUAUUCAUAAGAACAGUAUUUUUAAUAGCAUUCCAUCAUACCACGUCGUCUCAAACGUUUAUUUUGACUUAAUGCACGACCUAUGGGAAGGCGUCUGUAUGUACGGUCUUGCCCAUUGUCAGAACUAUUUUAUCAAAGUAAAAAAGAUGUUUAGCCUUACUGAACUAAACUGUAGGAAAAAUUUAUUUGUCUUUGGAAACCUGAAUUCUUCCAAUAUACCAAAUGACAUCAAGGACACAAAUCUAGUUAGGAGUAAAGUCAAAAUGACUGCCAGUGAAAUCAGAACUAUGGUAACAUUUUUUCCUCUAAUGUUUGGAAAGUUGAUCCCGGAACAUGAUGCUGUUUGGUCAUAUUUUUGCAAUCUUUUAAAAAUUUGUCAUAUUUUAAUGUUACGCGAAAUACAUCCUUCAUUGCUAAUCACGUUGAAAACAAUAGUUAACAUCCAUCACACUCAAUAUCAACAGCUUUUUGAUGAUCAACUAAAACCCAAACAUCACAACAUACUCCAUUAGGGGCAGUAGGGGCAAUAUGAACAUACGGGGCAAUAUGAGCCACCCUCAAUUUGAGCUUCUUGACAAGUUUUAUCAUGUAAAAGUUAUAUGAUCUUUAAGAGAAUGCUCCACAUAUGCAUCAACGUGAAACCCGCAUUAAAAUUCAAUUCGGACAUGAAAAUACACUUGAAAAUGUAAAUUUUCGCUGCAUAGGCAGAAUUAUUAUAAGAUUUUAAAGUUUAUAAAUAAGGUUUUGACACAAAACUGAUUAAAAUACAGGUCAAAAUAGUAUCUCAAUCAAAAGAUCUAUUAUAAAUGAAUAUUGUGCACACAUGUUUGUACUGAUACAAAUCUGAAUUAAUAAUAAAACAGAACCACUCUCUACGGGGCAAUAUGGGCAUACCUGCACAGAGCAAGAUAUUAGGCCUUAAUAAGGCAACAAGUUCAAAUUUCAGUUGCCGAAUACAAGAACAUUAUCAAGCAUGUUAGAUCCAUUACGGAUAACUAACAACACCGCAUUAUUGCGCUCGAAACAGAAAAAAUGAUCAUAGAUCAAUUGAAAUGUGUCUGUGCAAACGGUGAAAAGUAGCAAAUCGGUUCGGUCCGCUGUUGUGCGGCUUAUUUUUCUCUUUUUGUAUGGAAUACUCUAGGCUGUUGUUGGAAUAUCAUAUUCAUCUAUAUUACGACACUUUUCUCUCCCAAAACAACAUUUUGGAUGGAUGGCCCAUACUGCCCCAGAUGGUGGCCCAUAUUGCCCCGUAUAGUCGGGAACACACAUUAAAAUCAAUACAUUUUAAAAGUGCAUUCCAACAAUUUCCAAACACAUUUUUCAUCAUUCAUCGACGUUAUAUGAAAGGUAACACUCCCUAGUAUAAGUCAACUACAUUUGAAUGAUAAUUUUUAGAGCUCUUCUGCGCUUUUCGGAACGAUUUCCUUAGGCGGCCCAUAUUGCCCCGAUCACCCCUACUCCUUUUUUAUUCUCAAUUCUGGUACACCGCGCCAUCAAUGGGCAAUGCGAGGAGAAGGUAAACACCGAGAUGCUAAACAAUAUAGCAGAGUCAAUAACAACAACCUAAACAUAUGUAA